CGUUUUAUGGAAGUUUAAAAUUUGUUUUAUUUAUAAGAAAAUGGUAAAAAGAAAUACAUUAAGUAACAGUGAACAAAAAAAUGAUUUGGUUAUUGACAAAGAAAAAUCAAUUAAGUACAAACGAAAAGAAAAAAACAAGCUUAAGAAAAUGGUAAAAAGAAAUACAAUAAGUAACAGUAAACAAAAAGAAAAUUUUGUUAUUGACGAUGAAAAAUCAAUCAAGUACAAACGAGGAAACAAAGUCAAGCUUAUGUUAACAAAAGAUAGACGUUUGAAAAGCAACUUAAAAUUGCUUGAGAAGAAAAACGAAGAAGCUAUCAUUCAAGCAACGCGAUCUGAAAUUUUGCAAAUUGAAGAAACUGGGUAUUUGGAGGCUGAUGAUAAUGAGAAUACAUAUGAAUACCGACAAUCUGAAAUAGCAGACUCAGUAGAUAUAUCAAGUGCUCAAAAAUAUUUUAAUCUAAAUCUUGAUCAGUUUGGACCUUACAAAAUCAAUUACACAAAGAAUGGAAAAUUUCUUUUAAUAGGAGGGCAAAAGGGUCAUUUGUCUUCAAUAGAAUGGCAAAAUAAAAACUUGGCAUGUGAGGUUCAUGCUGGCGAGGUUGUUCGUGAUGUAAAGUGGUUGCAUCAGGAAACCUUUUUUGCUGCAGCACAAAAAAAGUAUGUUUUUAUUUAUGACAAUCAAGGCACCGAAAUUCACAGAUUGAAGCAACAUCGUGAAGUUAAUAGACUUGAAUACCUUCCAUAUCAUUUCUUGUUAGCUACAGUUGGUAAUUGUGGUUUUUUAAAAUAUCAAGAUACAUCAACUGGUAAACUUGUAUCUGAAUUGCGCACUAAACUUGGUCGAUGUGAUUGCAUGGCGCAAAACCCUUAUAAUGCCAUCAUUAACCUUGGUCAUUAUAAUGGUUGCGUCACAAUGUGGUCUCCAACUGUAAAAGAACCCCUAGUGAAGAUGCUAUGCCAUCGUGGACCUGUUUUAUCUAUAGCAGUCGAAAAGAAAGGAGUAUAUAUGGCAACAUCUGGUUUAGAUGGUUUGAUCAAAGUUUGGGACAUAAGGAAUUAUAAAUCUGUAUAUAAAUACAGACUUCGUGGAAAACCUGCUCAAAGUCUUGCCAUCAGCCAAAAGGGAAUGUUGGCUGUUGCUUUUGGUUCAAAAAUUCAUGUAUUUCGAAAUGCUUUAAUGGAAAUGCAACAAACUCCAUACUUAACUCACAUGUUACCUGGUGCUGAUGCUACAAGUGUUCAGUUCUGUCCAUAUGAGGAUGUUCUAGGCAUUGGUCACAUGAAAGGGUUUACAAGUCUUAUUAUACCUGGCAGUGGUGAAGCAAACUUCGAUGCAAUGGAAGCCAAUCCAUUUGAAACAAAGACACAAAGAAGGGAACACGAAGUUAAAAUGCUUUUAGAAAAGAUACAACCAGAGAUGAUAUCGCUGAAUCCAUCUGAUAUAUUACGAAUUGACACGGCAGAUGCACAAACUAAAAAAUUAGAGAAUGAUGAGGGAAAGGUUGUUGAAACAUUUGAACCUAAGUUCAAGUUAAAAGGGAGAAGCUCCACUUCAAAAGUUGUUCAGCGAAAAAAAGGAGUUAGUGAAGUUUCAAAGCGGGACCAACUUAAACAAAAAAUGCUUGACAGCAAAAGAAAAGAGCGCCAAAACAUUGAAAGCAAGUCAGACAAAUCUUCUGAAAAUGUUAGUGCGUUAGAUAGGUUUAUCAAAAAACCGAGUGUUUAAAUUUUCGGUUCUAGCCAUUGUUAACGAACUUUAUCAAAGUUAGGCCGAUUUUAAAUUGAAGUUGAUUCUAACAAAUGUGCACGUUCGAAACAUAUCAACUUCCUGAUUCGAGACACUUCACAGGUAUCAAUAUCCUAAAAGACUGCAAAGGGAGCAAAAUAUUUAAAACACUUUACAUAUAAAUUACAUAUUUUGGUGGAAUUAAAUUGAAAAUCAAUUUUUUUAA